AAAUCAAUUUGGGACAGAUCGUUCGAACUCUUGACUGCUCAACAAGUUAGCCUUGUUUAAUAAUUCCCUUCCUACAGUACCUUGCCUGACCGACCCUGCCUAGGCCUAGGUAGGCCGUUGAAGAGGAGGCUACCUUAGGUACCUAGGUUACUCAUAACCCUCACUCACUCACUAUUUCUUCUUGCCUUCCGUCGUCUUAAAAAUUCCCGCUUCCCUUUUUUCCCACCAUUACUUCUUUUCACCUUUCACUGUUCCUCUCUACCCUUCAUCUCCGUCUUACCCUUGCUCCUGUCCUGCUUUGUCUGGCAGUCGCGACAAAGAUUGCUCGCCCCCCUCAUCUUUCGUCGUUGGUAUAGCUGCAGCUGCACGGGCUUCAGAGCCCAUCAACGCCUGUAGGCGUUUGUUCCAUAGUGAACGCUGCCACUGACUGGGGAGGGCGACAGUUUUCUGCGUUCAACUUGCAACAGUGCUCGAGGAGCUGGGCUGUUGAAUUCGAAAUUACCUCGUCUCGGCAUCGUGGCCCAGCUUUACUACAGGUUGCUCCGUACGAGCUCCAUUUCAGUACCUUUUUACCUUACCUUUCUUCGCGACAAAUAGUGGUCCGUCCCUACCUACUAGCCUACCUAGAAGCCGACAUCCUUCCGUGACCUGCAGCCGUCUUGUCUUGGCGUUCGGCAUCAUCAUCAGCCAAGAAAGACUUCACUUGCGGCUUUGAGCACCACCUCGGACUGUCCUCUUUUGCUCUCUCUUCCCUUUUUGCCGCUGUUGUUGCUGCUAUCUUGUUGCUGCUCCGCUCCGCUCGAUAGCUCUGCUCUACCUCGGAAUAAUCUCUUUGUCGGUAUUGUUCGGGCCCUUGAUUCAAUUACAUCGGCCCUACCAACAACAGAGCGGAACAGACACAGAAACCCGCCACUCUUGGUACGGGCUUUUUAGCCACUAUCAACACCUACGCUGCAGUACUUACAUACUGUACAUUUCAGUCCAAUACGUUUUGCCGCUCGCCUUUUGCUUCGCCUCAUCUCCACCCCCGCCAAGAUCGGUAACCCAAAGACAACUCAGAUAUCCCCCACUGUCCUGUUUUUGAUCACUCGUCAGUCUCGUUCUGCGGCCAGAAACUAAAAUCUUGCCCUUCUGCGUUCGGCACUUCUGUUGUUACCUGGCUUACUGCUGUACGCUGGCUUAGGUUGCCUGCCAACUGAACCGUUGCUUCUAGACUUAACCGUUGCGCAACAGACCCUUGCUCGAGUCGUGCUCACUGACGCCUGUUUCUGGUGUCGCACCAGGUCGUCGCACCAGGUCGUCGCAUAUUCUUCCGUCACUUUAUUUUCUCGACUCUUCGCCUUAAAUAUCCUCACCAACAACACCCGAGACAGUGACUCUUGUCUCGUAUUCACUUCCAAAAAUGCCCACUGCAUCUGGUUCCUCAAAACCGCCCUCCGCAUCGAGCUCGAAACCAUCCUCGGUUAAAUCUCAAGAUGGCGUCAAGAAGUCCCCUAGUCUAGCACCACAGAAUGGUGCAACUACUGAUAAUGGACAUCCUCCCUCAGACACGCAUCUCAAGCCAACAGCCUCAGUAAAGAACCGUCUCACCCGCAUGUUCUCAUCCAAGGAUGCGUCAAGAGUUCCGACCCCCGCCCCUUCGACUGUCGAUUUACCUAAUCGCCCGCGGGCUUCUUCCACAAACGGCACCUCUACACCCGCGGCAAAGACUUCGUCCAUCGAGAAGGGUAGCGACAGGGCUUCGCUCAAACCGGCUGACAAGGCCACAACACCAGCCAAACCCGCCACGAAAUCGACCAGUGGCAAGGAGCCGUCUCAACGAUUUGUUCUAAAUCCGGAAGCACAGGGUGGCCAUGAGCAUCAUCUAAAAUCUAGCCGACGUCAGGAAAAGCUCUCGGAUAUGUGGAGAGCGAUCAUCGGCAAGAAGCAGGAUGCAGCCGCUGAGCACGAUCUAUCGCUUGUUUCAAAUUGGGUGGAUACACUACAACAAGAAAAAGAAGAAGCUGGCGAUAGAAAAGGUGGGCCCAGCGCAACGACAACCCUGGUCGAGAAAUACGGCAAAUGCCAGGAGGUGGUUGGCCGUGGCGCUUUUGGCAUUGUUCGAAUCUCCCACAAGAAGAUUGGUGGCAGCAAUGAAAAGCUCUUUGCUGUCAAGGAGUUCCGACGCCGACCAGAAGAGACAGAGAAGAAGUAUAGCAAGCGACUCACAGCCGAAUUCUGCAUAUCGUCCUCGCUUCGGCAUCCCAACGUUAUUCACACACUCGAUUUGCUUAAGGAUGCCAAGGGCGACUACUGUGAAGUCAUGGAAUUCUGCGCUGGAGGAGAUUUGUACACUCUCGUUCUCUCAAGUGGAAAGCUCGAGGUACAAGAAGCCGACUGUUUCUUCAAGCAGAUGAUGCGAGGUGUCGAAUAUCUUCAUGAGAUGGGUGUAGCGCACCGUGAUUUGAAGCCAGAAAAUUUGCUCCUGACGACCCGUGGCGCCCUCAAAAUUACGGAUUUUGGCAACGGAGAGUGUUUCCGAAUGGCUUGGGAGACAGACGCGCAUAUGGUAUCUGGCCUAUGCGGUUCUGCUCCAUACAUUGCCCCUGAGGAAUAUACGGAUAAGGAGUUUGACGCCAGAGCUGUAGAUGUGUGGGCUUGUGGUGUCAUCUUCAUGGCAAUGAGGACAGGGCGACACCUUUGGCGACUGGCCAAGAAGGACGAUGAUGAGUUCUACGCCCGUUAUUUGGAGGGUCGCCGUGAUGAGGAGGGCUACGGCCCCAUCGAAUCUCUUCAUCGGGCGCGAUGCCGCAAUGUCAUCUACUCCGUUCUCGACCCCCACCCGACUCGACGCUUGACGGCUGCUCAGGUCCUUAAGUCAGAAUGGGUACGUGAGAUCAAGCUAUGCAAGGCUGGUGAAGAGGGUCUAUGAAGAAGAUGGUGAGGAUGACGGUCAAUUUGGAGACUCUGAACUGGAGCGAUUCAAACUCGAUGAGUAAUCGACUUGAGCAGGGCCUACGGUAACGGACCAACUACGAAAGGGACUUCUAGAAGGAUGGCCAAUAUCGAGAGGGUGGGAAUAGCGGCGGGUUGGCGUUGAUGGCUGCGUUUGGCGAAGCAAGCUACGUCAAGCCACUAUGAUGAUUCGACGACCCAUCCUUUGGACUAUUUCUUUUGUUAUUUUAAUCGAGCAAUGGUGUUGGGCGUAUUGUAAACAGAAACAUCGAAUUUUUCCCCCCCUUUAUAUUCAUUUUCAAGCGUAUCAUGUCCUGGCAGGGUGGCGGUUUCUUGCAUUUAUGAUACAGGACGGCAGGGCUUGCUGAUAACCCAGGGGUUAUGUCGAUGGAACAGGGAGUCCCAGUCUAUUCACCCACGAAGUCCAUUUUUGUUACAGGAGACUGUGUUUUCAAGACAGCGCGCGAUGGUAGAGAUAAGGCAGGGCAGGACGGUGCAAGGCAAACACGAAUGGAUAUGAAUCAUGGGAAGAAAGAGAAAGGGACCUUUGGUAGGCCAAGAGGUCUCAAGCCAAGCAGACAGGAAGUUCAGUUCAGUUCCAUAGACAUCUAUCUGGUUUUGGAUAUGCCUGUCCCCAGAGGUCAAGAAGAAAAGAGGCGUCGAUGAUAUAUACUCCUGUCAUCGAGACCCAGGAAACAUGAAGCAAAGCAGAAUAGACAAGACGUUGUUCUCAUUUCAGCACAAAGAUGCCAAGAGCACAUAUCCUAGACUUUCUUCUUCUCUCCUGGCUCAGUCCCGGUGACUUAAUAGUAAUGAGAGAGGCAAGUUUCCGCCUCCCAAAGCAUCCUCCGACUCUAGCACCGUCCUGAUUAUCGGCACAGGUAGCCGGUGACAUGAUUGGCCAUAAACUACCUAUUCAGACAUGCCUGUUCUGACCUUACCUACAAAAGUGUUGAUAUUGUGAAUCGGAUAGCCUAUCCGGUGUAAUUCGCAAGGGGGAUGUUGCGGGAGCAUUUAGUCUUGGUGAAAACCCUCC